AUGGCGUGGUCUACCAUUUUCCUCUUCUGGUCCGGCUUCACAGGUGUUAUCUUGUUGACACUUCUUGGAGUCCUCAUUCACGAUGUCAUCCUUUGGAAACGAAUGCCCCCAGGCCCUCCACCUCUGCCGUUCGUUGGAAACAAAUUCGACAUUCCAAAGAAAUAUCCCUGGAUACAAUUUCAAGACUGGUCCCGCAAAUAUGGACCCAUCUACACUUUAUGGUUUGGUCGUCGGCCAACAGUCAUUGUCUCUGAUCCCAACGUGGCUGUGGAUUUACUCGAAAAGCGUUCCAACAAGUAUAGCUCUCGGCCGCGGUUCGUGGUGAUGGGCGAGUUGCUAUGGGACAACUCGGCCAUUCUCGUGCAGCCCUAUGGCAAAGCAUGGCUAGUCCGAAGGAAAGCCCUACAUUCAGCGCUCACUCCCAGAGUGCUUCUCAGUUACAGACCUGUCCAAGAAGCAGAAGCCGCCCGACUAUGCUAUCAGCUUUUUGGACGACCUAACGACUUUGAGCCGUUGCUGGACCGCAUGACGGCAUCAAUCGUUUUCACAAUCGCAUAUGGUCACCGCGUCGAUAGUCUUCAAUCGCCCAUCAUCCGACAGCGUCUCAAGAUGAUGCACAGAGCAGCCGCCACAAACGUCCCCGGACGUUAUCUAGCCGAAUCCUUCCCCGUCCUCAAACACAUCCCGGAUGUGUUUGCGCCUUGGAAGCGGGAGGUCAAGAGCUGGGGCUUAGAAGAGGCGGCUGCCAAUCGUCAAUUGCUCAACUACGUGCGCGAAGACAUCGAGGACGCAAAGCGACCGGGUGCUCCACCACUACCAAACAGUCUUGCCAAACAACUCAUCGAAGCUCGUGAUGCUGAUCCGGCCACCUUUGGACUUCUCCGUGAUCGCGACUUCGCCACUUUGCCGGCAUCCAUCUUCGGCGCGGGUGCCGACACUACAGCUUCGACACUAUGUUCCUCUAUCCUCGCCCUCAUCACGAACCAAGAUGUGCUAGACGCGGCACACGCUGAACUUGACGCGGUCAUCGGACCUAACCGUCUGCCCGCAUACGAAGACGAGUCGUCACUACCAUAUAUUCGCGCCUUGUGCAAGGAAGUCCUACGCUGGCGUCCAGUUGCUGUUCUCGGCGGCACACCACAUGCCAGCUCGGAGGCCGACACUUACCAAGGCUAUUACAUCCCCAAAGGCACCAACAUCCUCGGGAACUCGUGGGCGAUCAACAGAAAUGAAGACUAUUACCCCAAUGCCGACCACUUCAACCCUUUACGCUUCCUGGACGUUGAUCCGCACGCUCUGGGCUACCUGCCCGAAAAGUACCUAGCUAGCACGCCUGUCGAGAAGGGUCGUCUGGCGCAUCCCAGCAAAUCGGGCCACAGUUCGUUCGGGUGGGGCCGGCGCAUUUGUCCCGGCGCAGACCUGGCCAACGCCAACCUUUUCAUCGCGCUUGCAAGAAUGCUCUGGUGUUUUGACAUUAAGCCGGUCAAGGGAGUCGUGUACGAUACAUACGAUUAUACUGAGGGCUUCAAUAUUCGGCCAAAUCCGUUCAAGUGCGAGAUCACCAUUCGGAGUAAGACGCAUGAAGAGGUACUUAGGACCGAGUUUCAGAAAAGUCAGGAAUUCCUUGUCAACAACUUCCCGUUGUUCAAAGAGCAUGAGAUUGUUGUUUAG